UUCCCUCUCUCCUUAAGCACUACUCUCUCUCGUCUUCAGAGGUCGGCCACGAGCGCGCAACCCAUAAAACCAAAUCUGCGUUGCACCCAGGAGAGAGGCACUCACAUAAACCCUAGAAUUUUAAAUUUUCAUGUGUCUUUCUUCUUGAUCUCAAUUGUCACAUGGGUCGACCAGAGCCAUGCGUUCUCUUCUCCCAAACCUUCGUUCAUCCACACCUCGAUGAGUACGUCGACGAGGUGAUUUUCUCAGAGCCCAUUGUUAUCACCGCUUGUGAGUUUCUUGAACAGAGUGCGUCAUCAGUUGCUCAAGCAGUGGCACUCAUUGGGGCGACUUCACCUCCAUCAUUUGCAAUAGAAGUUUUUGUUCAUUGUGAGGGAGAGACGAGGUUUAGAAGACUUUGUCAGCCCUUUCUCUAUUCACAAUCUUCAUCAAAUGUACUAGAAGUAGAGGCUGUUGUUACAAGUCAUAUAGUUGUAAGGGGCAGCUAUCGCAGUCUGAGUAUGGUUAUAUAUGGCAACACAGCAGAGGAUCUGGGUCAGUUUAACAUUGAUAUUGAUGACAAUGCAUUGACUGAUCUUGUUGAUUCUACUGAGGGGAAGCUUGAAGACCUGCCACCUGCAUUACACUCUACUAAUUUUACAAUUCGUGAAUCACGUUCUUCUCUGAACGUGUUGUCUAUUCCUGUUCCUGCAACAAAUAUUUCUCUUGAAGUCAAUAUUUUUCUACAGUUGAUGCUAAAAAUUUUGAAGUUUUCAGAUCUUGGGGAUGCUGGUCAUAAAAUUGUAAAUACUGUAGUGUCUGCAAUCUCUUCUUACAUUUCCAGUGACAUAUGUGAAUCAAUCAGUGGGAGAUAUCAGAUGUGGAAGAGAUCUGAGAAUUUGGAAGAGUUGCACAGUGCAAUUAAUGAGGCAAGAAAAGAGCUUCUUGAGGUUUAUAAGGUUCUUCAUGAGAAAUCUAGGAGUGAAUCUGCCGAUUGUUCAUCAGAGGGCAAUUAUCUUGAAAUGGAUGUUGAAAUGUUGGAUUCCAAAACGUUAGUGGAUAUGUUUAACCAGUACUUUCACUUCCAAAUACACUCUUCAUGUAUAGGGGAUCACUUCCUUUCUCAGAGGGAGCAUGCCUUUUUAGGAUUGAGCAUGUUUUAUUUGCUAUGUUCUGCUAGAGAGAGUUGUUUUCAGUUUGUUAGUAGUGGGGGAAUGGAGCACCUGAGGGUGUUCUUUUCCAAGGAUGGGCAAAAUUCUACUACUGUUAUGCUACUGCUUCUUGGUGUUAUAGAGCGGGCUACUAGGUAUUCAGUGGGAUGUGAAGCCUUUUUAGGUUGGUGGCCUCGGGAAGAUGAAAGUAUUCCCUCUGGUAUCAGUGAAGGCUACAGCCAUUUGGUGAAAUUGAUAUUGUCAAAACCUCGGCAUGAUGUUGCUUCUCUUGCAACCUAUUUGCUUCAUCGCUUACGGUUUUAUGAAAUUGUUUCUAGAUAUGAGUCAGCAGUUCUUUCUGUGCUGGAAAAUGUCAGUACUGUUGGCAGGAUUACAGAUGCCACACUGAAUAUGCUCAGCUCAGCUGAAAUUUUGCUCAGAAAGCUCCUGAAAUUGAUAAAUUCGCGUGGUCCAAUUGAAGAUCCUUCUCCCAUAGCUUGUGCAAGCAGAUCACUGAUUACUGGUCAAACAGAUGGAUUGUUGUCAUAUAAAACAACUUCCAGCUUGAUAAGCUCUUCAAGUUGUUGCUUUUCAGAUUCAGAUAUUGAUUCACAUUUAUUGGGGCUUUUGAAGGAGAGGGGUUUUCUUUCAUUAUCAACUGCAUUGUUGUCAUCAUCUUUAUUGCGUUCGGAGAGUGGCCAUGUCUUGGAACUCUUCAUGGAUGUCACAUCAUCAGUUGAGGCUGUGAUCCUGUCUUUCCUUUUUAGUCGUGCAGGCUUGAUAUUCCUUUUGCAGGAUGCUGAACUUUCGAGUACACUAAUACUUGCUCUUAGGGGUGGUCACCGAGGCAAUAAGGAAAAUUGUAUUCCUCUUCAAUAUGCUUCCAUUUUGAUUUCAAAGGGUUUCUUUUGUAGUCCACUGGAGAUAGGAAUGAUAAUUGAGAUGCAUUUAAAAAUGGCCAAUGUCACUGACAGUCUGCUUUCAUCGAAUCCACAAUCAGAAGAGUUCCUAUGGAUUGUCUGGGAACUCUCUAUGCUUUCACGAUCUGAUUGUGGGCGCCAGGCAUUAUCUUCUUUGGGAAAAUUUCCUGAGGCUGUUUCCAUCUUAAUUGAAGCACUGAGUUCCAUCAAGGAAUCUGAAUCUCUUGGGAAAAGCAGUGGAUCUUCAGCUGUAAAUCUUACAAUAUUUCACUCAGCUGCUGAGAUCAUUGAAGCCAUAGUUACAGAUUCCACAUCUUCUUCUUUGGGUUCAUGGAUUGGACAUGCCAUGGAACUACAUAGGGCUUUGCAUUUCUCUUCUCCGGGGUCCAACAGAAAAGAUGCUCCCUCGCGGUUGUUAGAAUGGAUCGAUGCCGGUGUAGUAUACCACAAACAUGGGGGAAUUGGUCUCCUGCGUUAUGCUGCUGUAUUGGCUUCAGGAGGGGAUGCCCAAUUAACAUCAACUAGCAUCUUAGUUUCAGAUCUGACUGAUGUGGAAAAUGUUGUUGGAGACCCUUCUAGUGGCUCUGAUAUUAAUGUUAUGGAGAAUCUUGGAAAAUUUAUAUCUGAAAAGUCCUUUGAUGGUGUCACUCUUCGUGAUUCUUCUCUGGCACAGUUGACAACAGCAAUAAGGAUUUUGUCUUUUAUUUCUGAGAACCCAACUGUUGCUGCGACUCUCUAUGAUGAAGGUGCCGUAAUAGUUAUUUAUGCCAUUUUGGUGAACUGCAGAUUCAUGCUUGAGAGGUCCUCGAACAAUUAUGAUUACCUUGUAGAUGAGGGUACAGAAUGCAAUACUACAUCAGAUUUACUUCUAGAGCGUAAUCGUGAGCUGAACAUAGUUGAUCUUUUGGUUCCUUCAUUGGUGCUACUUAUUACAUUACUACAGAAAUUACAGGAAGCAAAGGAGCAACACAGAAAUACAAAAUUAAUGAAUGCUCUUUUACGAUUGCACAGGGAAAUAAGUCCCAAGCUAGCUGCAUGUGCAGCAGAUUUAAUAUCUCCAUAUCCUGAUUAUGCUGUUGGUUAUGGAGCAGUCUGUCAUCUUAUUGCAUCAGCACUUGCUUUCUGGCCAGUGCAUGGAUGGAGUCCAGGUCUUUUUAACACCCUUCUUGCCAGUGUUCAGAGUUCUUCUCUGUUGACUCUAGGUCCAAAAGAAACUUGCAGUUUACUCUAUCUUUUGAGUGAUUUAUUUCCUGAAGAAGAUGUAUGGCUUUGGACUAGUGGAAUGCCCCUGUUAACUGCACGAAGAAUGUUGGGUAUUGGAACCAUAUUGGGGCCUCAGAAGGAGAGACAUGUCAACUGGUAUUUGGAUUCUGGACACCUUGAGAAACUGGUUGGCCAGCUUGUGCCACAUCUUGACAAAAUUGCUGAGAUUAUAGAACAUUAUGCAAUUUCUGCAUUAGGGGUCAUUCAAGAUCUUCUGCGGGUUUUCGUUAUUCGAAUCUCCUGCCACAAUCCUAAGUAUGCAUCCAUGCUUGUAAAACCGGUGUUGUCCUCAAUUAUUCAUCAUGUUUCGGAAUCAUCAUCCCCAUCAGAUACUGAUGCAUACAAGAUUUUGAGGCUUCUUGAUUUUCUUGUAAGCCUGUUGGAGCAUCCACUUGGAAAGGCCCUAUUGUUGAGGGAGGGCACUCUUCAGAUGCUAACUAAACUAUUGGAUAGAUGUUUUGUUAUUAUUGAUGAUGGAAAGCAGACUCCUGAUAGAAGUUCUGCAAGAUGCAGCUUUAAUAUUUAUAGUUGGUGUCUCCCAAUAUUCAAAUUUAUCAUGCUCCUUUUUCAUUCUGAGACUUCUGAACAUUACCCGCAAAGACAUGACUUUAAAAAAUUUGAAAAAAUGAGUGAUGAAGAUUGUGCCCUAAUUUUACGAUAUAUUUUGAAGAGUUGCCAGGUCCUGCCUGUUGGAAAAGAGUUACUGGCUUGUCUUACAGCUUUCAAAGAAUUAGCAUCUUGUGGUGAAGGCCAAGUGGCAUUUGGAGCUACUUAUUUGGGUAUCCACUCUCUUGCUUAUGAACUCGAUCCUCAGAAAGGUGAUAGGAAUGUGAAUUAUAGUGUCUCCAGUGUAGCUGAAUGGAGAAAAUGCCCCCCUUUACUCAGCUGUUGGAUGAAGUUGUUGAAAUCUAUGGAUGAUACAAAGGAGGGUUUGUCAACUUAUGCAAUUGAGGCUGUCUAUGCGUUAUCUGUUGGGUCCAUACAGUUUUGCAUGAACGGAGAUAGUUUGAAUUCCGACAGAGUGGUUGCGUUGAAGUAUCUCUUUGGGAUUUUGGAUGAUAUGACAAGAUCAGUUGGUUUUCCUGAGGAAAAUAUAAAUUACAUACUACAAUUUAGUGCUCUGUUAAGUUCCAAAGCUGCUAUGGAUGACUGUUUGGUUACCUCUUACUCACAAAUCCCAUUGCAUCAGGUUUCCGAGUCUGUUAAGUCACUGUCAUUAGUAUUGGAAAGUCCUGCUGGUUCCAUGAAGUUUGAGGAUGCUGUUUUACCUCAAUAUGAAGUUCUAGUUUUUUCAAAUACGAAUCAGUUGCUUGAAAACAGUGUUGAAAAGAUUGAUGAUCAUCUUUAUGUUGGAGGACUUGGGGAAAAAUUCCUUUGGGAAUGUCCAGAAGUAUUACCUGAUAGAUUGACGCAAACAAAUCUUGCUGCCAAGAGGAAGCUUCCAUCAAUGGAUGGUGCGGUUAGGCGAGCUAGAGGAGAAAGUUUUCAGGGUGAUAUCUCCUCACAAAAUGCUUUUUCACGGGGUGCAGCACAGUCUACUGUUUCUUCUGGUACUACACGAAGGGAUGCUUUCCGACAUCGCAAACCAAAUACCAGCAGACCACCAUCUAUGCAUGUGGAUGAUUAUGUUGCAAGAGAGAGAAUUGUUGAAGGGGUUACUAAUGUAAUAUCAGUUCCACGAGCAGGAUCUACUGGUGGGAGACCUCCAUCCAUUCAUGUUGAUGAAUUUAUGGCAAGACAGAGGGAACGGCAGAACCCUUCAGCAACUGUUGUGGGAGAGGCUGUGGGACACCUUAAAAAUGCUUCUCCUGUGAAACCUGCAGAUAUGGAGAAGUUAAACAAAUCUAAGCAAUUGAAAACGGAUCUUGAUGAUGAUCUUCAAGGAAUUGAUAUAGUUUUUGAUGGAGAGGAGUCUGACCCUGAUGACAAGUUGCUAUUCCCUCAGCUGGAUGAUAACUUACAGCAGCCAGCCCCAGUUAUUGUUGAGCAAAGUUCUCCUCAUUCAAUUGUUGAAGAGACAGGAAGUGAUGUUGUUGAUAGUGGUCAGUUUUCACAGGUGGGUACUCCAUUGCGAUCUAACAUCGAUGAAAAUGCCCAAAGUGAAUUUUCUUCGAAGAUCUCUGGUUCACGUCCUGAUAUGUCAUUAACUCGUGAAUCAAGUGUCUCUUCGGACAGGAAGUAUGUUGAGCAGCCUGAUGACUUGAAAAAUGUUCAACUUAAGCCUUCUGGUAGAUAUGAUUCUACAGCAUCAAAUACUUCAUUUCCUAUGUCUCUUUAUAAUAAUCCAUCCUCGUCUAUGCAAAUACCAGCUGAUUCAAGAAUGGUUUCCCAAAAUUACUUAUUAAAGAACAGUCCUCAACACGGUGGUAUUGCUACUGGUUCUCAAGGACUGUACGACCAAAGGUUCUUGCCCAACCAACCUCCUUUACCACCGAUGCCACCUCCACCGACAGUCUCACCUAUAAUAUCUCAUGCUACCGAUUCUGUUCCCAGUCAGUCAACUUCAUUUGUUAAUUCUCAAGCAGGCACACAACGUCCAGUGGCAUUCCAAGUUCAAUUGGACUAUCCAUCUCCCUUCAACAAUGGUUCAACAGCAACAGCAUUAGCAUCUUCUAUUCCCAUGCCAGAUUCAAAAUACUCCAGGACAUCUGUGUCUUCUCCUGGUGGACCUAAUAGAGUUGCUCCUCCCCUUCCUCCGACACCACCUCCUUUCAUAUCUAGUCAGUAUAAUUUAUCAUCUAUUAAAACUUCUGGCUCCCAACCUUCUAUGUAUAAUCAGACAAGUAUGGGGACCACCGAACUUUCCCAGGCUUCCAUUGCAUCUUCAGGAGUCAGAUUGUCAUCAUACCCUAAUCCUCCGAUGGGGUUUAGUAGGCCAGCUUCCAUGCCAUUGACUAUGUUUGGAAAUGCGCCCAAUCAGCAACAGACUGAGAGCCAGCCAAAUAUCUUACAAAAUGUUUCUGUUCCUCCAGCUUCAUAUCAGUCAAUGCACUCAGUUACUCAGUUGCAGCCAUUGCAGCCACCCCAGCUUACACGUCCACCACAACCACCUCAGCUUAGGCCACCUGUUCAAGCUUUACAGCAGUUGGAGCAAGCGGUGGCUGUGCAAAGCAAUGUUCAAGUGCAUCAAAUGAAUAUGCUGCAGCAGUCUCAUGUUCCUUCAAUGCAGACAUAUUACCAAACCCAGCAGCAACAGUUUUCACACGAGCAGCUGCAGCCCCAUGUUGAAUACACUCAACAGCCUGGGGAUGGUCAAUCACAGCAGCAACCAGAUGCAGGAAUGUCAUUACACGAGUAUUUUAAGUCUCCGGAGGCAAUCCAGUCUUUAUUGAGAGAUCGGGACAAACUUUGCCAACUUUUGGAGCAGCAUCCAAAAUUAAUGCAGAUGCUUCAGGACAAAUUGGGCCAACUAUAGCCCGCAUUGAUGGCCGAGUAGAACUGUAGAAGCAUGACUUACCAAAUAUAUGUCUGUAAAUGUACAUUCGUUAUCCAAGUGACGAGUUGCGCUGAAGCUUAUGCCUCAGGCACUGAAAUUUUGUUAAUAUGUACUUGUAUGGAUUUGUUUUUUAAUUCAUUUAAAUGAGCACAUUAUCAAUUCCCAAUUAAAUGGUUGGAAUGUGGCUCAUGGUGAGCUAAGGAGAUGCUUACAUAUACAUUGAUGUAUUAUCAUGCCAUAUGUUGUAUGUAAUGUACAGGUCUUCUCUUCGGUGAGUAAAUAAGAUUAAGAUGAUGACUAACAUGUACUA